UGACUGACCUGUCUUGUGUCUUCUCCCCAAAUGUCUCGCGGCCUCGCCUCUCGAGUCUCCACACCGCCGUCUUCCUCCAAUGGCGAUGAGCUGCUCAGCGUUUAACUAGUAGCAUCUUCUCCGAGAGCAUUGCAGCGCACGAGAUUGAGAAAAAUCAGCACCCACGCCGUCCGAAUCGAUGAGCAGCGGCGGCGGCGGCGACGACGCGGGGGACGGCGGGCGGGCCGAGUGGCAGCGCAUCUACGACCGGGUCCAGGCGCUCGCCGCCGGCCGCGCGCGGCUGGAGGCGCGCAACAGGACCCAGCACGAGUUCUGGGACGCCCGCGACAAGAUCAACCACUCCCGCCUCCACCAGGCGGAGCUGAGCAGGAGCAGGUGGGAGGCGGCCUGCAGGGAGGUGCUCCCUGGGGAUGAUCCCAAGCUCGCCGAACUGCUAGAGAGUGAUUUGGAGGAUUCAAGAACUUGUGAAGCUCUUUUGGACACCGAAAACUCAGAACUGCUGGUACAACUGAAGGAAGAGCUUCAUGAAAACACUGCAGAUCAUGAGCACAAUUCCGGAGAUUUAAUAUCAGAGCUAAGAAAGUUAAAGCAGGUCUAUGAGACCAGAUGCUCGAAUAAGGAUAAGGAAGCUACUGAAGCAGUGCAGAAAUUUCAACAGAAGUUAGAGGAGCUGCACGUGGCAGCCUGUAAGAAGGAUGAUGAGAUUGGAAGAUUGCAGGCAGAAGCUUCUGCAUCCACAAAUAAGAUACUGGUUCUUGAGGGCAAGCUAAAUGAGAUGCACUCCUUGGAUAAGGCGAAUGAUAUCCAGAGCCUCAAAGUUGGGCAACCUGAGACUCAUAAACACAAGCUUGCCUUCUUAUCAACUAUACAAUCCGAGGAAGCUGGAAAUAGUCUAGAGAUUAUUCAAGAGAAUGCAGAUCAUGGGGCCAUCGCAGGAGAUUUUAGAGCAGAGCUAAGAAAACUGAAGCAAGCUUAUGAAACCCUUAGCUCAAACAAGGAUAAGGAAAUUUCUGCAGCACUUGCAGUGGAGGAUUUUCUUUUGAACAAACUGCUGAGAAUGGACAAGGACAACGCAGGGCUCCUUAAGAUAAAGGAAGUGGAGGCAGCACAAGCUAACGAAGCAGCACAAAAGCUUCAACAGACUGUAGAGGAGCUGCAAGUGGCUGUCCGAAAUAAAGAUGAUGAGAUUGGCACAUUGCGAGCAGAAGUGGGGCACCUUAAGAUAAAACAAGUGGAGGCAGCACAAAAGCUUCAGCAGAAUGUAGAGGAACUGCAAGUGGCAGUCCUAAAUAAGGAUAACAAGAUUGGCAGAUUGCAAGCAGAAGCGGGGAUCCUUAACAUAAAAGAAGUGGAGUCAGUACAAAAGCUUCAGCAGAAUGUAGAUGUGCUGCAAGUAGAAUUACGAAAUAAGGACGAUGGAAACUGUAGAUUGCAAGCAGAAGCUGCUAAUCCAGAAAAAAAAGAUGAAUUUAAGGGAUGAUAUUCUAGAUCACUACACACCUGUUGGUCUCAGUCUCUAGUAGAGUCACCCUAUCAUUGGCGGACCUAGCCCAUGCAUGGAGGCUGCGCAAAGUACAAAGGAAAGUAACUGAUGGCUAUUUGCCUAGAAAAACUACUGAUUAAAUCUCGGUAUUCUUGUUAUAAGCUAACGAAGGUUCAUGGGCAGAACCUGGGCAGCUGCCGGGCUUUGGCGAUCUUGAAUGUAUUUGUUAGAUACUGUAGCCUUUUAGUUUUGUAUGUACAGUGUGUGGAUUAAUUUAGAGGGGUUGUCAGUUCAACCUUAUUGAACCUCCCACCCCCCCUUGGUUCUCUUUUAUAUAGUUGUACCACUUGUCUUCAUAUGGGACUGAUCUCAUAGGAUGAUAUGUCAGAUCUUAGGACUGGUUAAAUGAAGAAUGUCAAACCUUUUCAUGUUUGAUUCAUAUAUCUAAAAUGAAAAAGGACUAAUCUGUAGGAUUCUCGAGCAAUGUGCCUAUAUCACAAUCUCUAUCAACAUUGCGUAGUAUACUUGAUUUUCUGAACACUAACUGGUAUCACCGUGGAACCUGUUGAUUGGUUGCGGCUAACAUUUAGAUUCAUAAUAUGGUGUCUGUCAGAGU